AUGCCUCAAAACGACUUUGUGGAAAGGCAUAUAAAGAAGUAUGGGAGACGUUUGGACUAUGAGAUAAGGAAGUAUAAGAAGGAGAGAAGGGAGGAGAAGGUAGUGGCCAAGAAGGCAAACAAGCUCUUCGGAAUAAAGGCAAAGCUGUUUGCCAAGAAGCAACGUGCAGCAAAGAUCCAACUGAAAAAGGAUAUGAAGAUGAGGGAGUCAAAGAAGAGGAACAUAGAGAUUAGUGCUGAGAGCAAUCCACUUCCACACUUCUUACUUGACAGAGAGUUACAAGAAAAAGCUAAAGACAUUAAUGACAAGAUCAAGCAGCAAAGGCAAGAAAAAGGAUCGAAGUAUUCUGUUCCCUUACCAAAGAUCCACCCUCUUCCGGAGAAAGAGGUAUUUGGGGUUGUUGUAAGUGGGAAACGCAAAUCUAAGCAUUGGAAGAGGAUGGUUACCAAACCUUGCUUUGUUGGAAGUGAUUUCACUAGGAAGCCCCCGAAGUAUGAGAGGUUCAUAAGGCCCAUGGCAAUGAGGUUCAAAACUGCACAUGUAAGUCACCCAGAGCUAAACUCUACAUUCAAUCUCAAGAUAAUAGGAUUGAAAAAGAAUCCUCAUUCUGAUGUCUAUACUGGCCUUGGAAUACUAAGUAAAGGAACCAUUAUAGAAGUGGACGUCAGCCCCCUUGGGCUUGUUAAUGGAUCGGGGAAAAUCAUAUGGGGGAAGUAUGCUCAAAUAACAAACAACCCAGAAAACGAUGGGUGUGUGAAUGCUGUUCUUCUGGUAUAG